GGUUUAUCUUGGUUUUGGUGUCUUGGCUUGCACUAAAAUCCUGGGCUUUGAAUCUUGAUCAUUGAUUCAAUUUUCUUUCUUCGAGAUCACACAUUUAAAAUAAUAGGUUUGAGGGCUCUUUCAAUAGGGUUCAUUUUACUCUUUUCUUGUAGUUUCCACUGAGAGCUAUGUUCAAAGGCCUUAUCUUGUCGUGCUGAACCAUUUUUCUAGAUAGAGGUAAAGAAAGGGGAGGGGAAAGGCGUUCCUUUCGUGCUUGAUUAAAUGGGAUCAUCUGGGUUCUUUCUAGUAUGCAUGCUUCAUUCUGUCAUAGCUCUAACUUGUGGAGCUUUAAUGAUGUUUUUCACAAAUGAGGUCACUGUGUUUGGUCAUGGCAUUGAAAUAGCAACAAAGCUUAAAGGGUCGACGUCACAUGACCAACUCUUGAUCCAAACCUCCGAAUCCUUUUCUGGGUUGCUUUUAUUUGCUAUUGGGUUCCUCUUGUUUAUGGUAGCAUUUGUCAAGGACAGAGAGUUCCAAAUUUUCUUUGCUAAAGGUUGUACCUCGCUUCAUGUUUCAGUGGCCUUUUGGAGAGUUUACUUCGAGCAGAAGCUUGAAGAUCUGGCUCAUGAUUUGCCUAGACUAGUUGUUGGUGAUAUUGCUCUGGCUCUUUCAUGGGUUUUCUUUCUUGUUUAUUCAUGGAGAGAGAAGUAUGAUUAAGAAGCUACAACAGUUAGAUAUUCCAUCAUUGAAUAAACUUGAGCUGGUAUUGGCUACAUUUCUGGGUUCUACCAAGUGGGGUUUCAUUUUUCUUGGCUACAGGUUGAAUCUGGAACUUUAGAGAAAUGGAGGCAAGGCACGCAUCAGAUUCUUGAUUACUGUUUUCUUAAUUCUUGAUUGGUUUCCAAGAAAAGUUGGAGAUGGGAUCUGGGGGUUGUCUGUUGUUUUCAACUGAGAAUCUUCAACUCGAGAAGUUACUUGCGCGCUCCAAUAUUGGCUUCUUGUCCACCUUCAAUGUAAUUUGUAAAUCAAUCUUAUUCAAUUUGUUUUUGCUGUUAAUAAAACUUUUUAAUAAUUUUUUAUUUUAUUUUUAAUUAACUUUUUUAUAUUUUUAAAUCAAGCUAUAUUAAAAAUAAAUUUUAAAAAAUAAAAAAAUUAUUUUAAUAUAUUUUUAAAUAAAAACAUACUUUAAAAAUAACCAUUAAUGUAACCACACACUUAAUUAAAAUGAAAAUUAUUAUUGUUUUUUUCUAAACAAAAUCGAUUUAUCAUUUUAUUUUUUUAAAUAAAAAUAAAACAAAUUUUAAAUUUAAUUACUAUGGAAAAACAACAUUGUUCUCACUUAAAAAGAAAGUCAUGGCUGUUAUUGGGCCACGAAGGCCUGGCCCACGACCCCCACAGCAUCUAGUUUAGUGAAGGACCCGUUCUCUCAUUAUUUCUCUUUGAAAUUUCUAAUUUCUAAUUUCUAGCUUUCAGCGACAACAUCAACCCUACAAAGCCCUCAGCAUCUUAAUCUUUCACUUCUGUCUGCAGUAAUUCUAACGAUUUGUGAUGAGUGGGCUACCUUUGCAAAAUGCUUCCCCUUCCUCAGCUGUAAGCCAGGUGUCACUAAUUACAACAUCUGGUCAAGAAUCAAAGCCAAAGAAGAAGAUCUGCUGUGCUUGCCCUGAAACUAAGAAACUAAGGGAUGAAUGCGUUGUGGAGCAUGGUGAAGCUGCUUGUGCAAAAUGGAUCGAUGCUCAUCGACAGUGCCUUCGUGCUGAGGGCUUUAACAUUUGAGUUUGGUAGAUACGGUUUAGUUCAUAAAUCAAUACCAUUUUGGAAUAUAGAAUUACACAUACCAAAUGUGAGGAAUAAAGCUAGAAAACACAGCUUUUCUUGACCUUUUCAACUUUGCAAGCAUUUCUAGCUUCUUGAAUGAUGAUUUCUUUUCCUUACAGAAUGACAAUUGAAAAUGACUAGAAUACUUGGAUGGGGUUGA